AUGGCUGUUCCUUUAACUGCAGCCAUUCUGCAGGAGAAAGUUGUGUCUGUUCUGUUAUCUGAAGUCCAGCGGGAGGGAAUCUUUGUGGCUGAUCCGUUAGUUGCAGGCCAUCUUUGCGGGAGGGAGUUGUGUCUCGGCCGAUAUCUGCAGUCCUCCUGCGGGAGAGUCGUUUUAGCCUUUCUGUUAUUUACAGUUCAUCUGCAGUCCUUCGGCCGGAUGGAGUCUUUGUGUCUGCGCGAUUUAUUUGUGGUCAUCCUUUGGGAGGGUGUCGUUGCGUCUCUUCCAUUAUUUCCACUCGUUCUGCGGGAGAGAGUCGUUGUGACUUCCUUUUGCGGAAGGAAGGACUCGUUGUCUUCCUUGUUAUCUGCAGUCGUUCUGCGGCGGGAAUGUUUGUUGCUCUUUCUUCAUUUUCAGGCCUUCUCCGGGACUCCUUCUGCGGGAGGGAGUCGUUGUGGCUGUUCCGUUAUCUGCAAUCCCUUUGAGUUAGGGAGUCAUUGCGGCCGUUCCUUUUUCUACAACCUUUCUCUGGGAGGGAAUCAUUGUGUCCGUUCCAUUAUCUGCACUCCUUCUGCGGGAGGGAGUUGUUGUGGCUGUUCCGUUAUCUGCAGCCCUUCUGCGAUUGUGGCCGUUCCUUUAUCUGCAGUCUUUCUGUGGGAGGUAGUCAUUGUGUCCGUUCCAUUAUCUACAUUCCUUCUGCAGGAGGGAGUCGUUCUGGCUGUUCCGUUAUCUGCAUUACCGCCGCUGGCUAGCAGAGAUGCGAAAAGGGGAGCCGAGUUCGUAAAUCUUCCCCUGCCAGUAUAUAGCCUCUCCAUCAGCAAGCCCUAUGUAGUGCCUCCACGUGGCGAUACAUGGCAUCCAAGCACCUUGCGGACUCGGGCUAAACUACUCAGCCCCGCUUAA